AUGCAUAUCCCACAGGGACCGCCUUUUGGUGUCCCGAACCUUCCAUCCAUGCCAAGUGUUGGUGGCAUGAUGCCCGGUGGCACCGGGAUGCCAAACAUGGCCGGGAUGCCUGGCGUGCAGCCCGGUGCCAUGCCCGGUGCCAUGCCCGGUGCCAUGCCAGGUGCCAUGCCAGGUGCCAUGCCAGGUGCCAUGCCAGGUGCAAUGCCCACAAUGCCCGGUGCCAUGCCGGCAAUGCCCGGCGCCAUGCCGGGUGCCAUGCCGGGUGCCAUGCCGGGUGCCAUGCCGGCAGUGCCCGGCGCCAUGCCCGGUGCAAUGCCCGGAGCCAUGCCUGCUGCCAUGCCGGGCGCCGUGCCUGGCCCUGCUUGCCUCAAAGACCAGCGAGCAGGCACACCAGAGCCAACAGCAGCGCAGGUGAAA